AUGAUGGAAUCCCAACCUCAAGGUACGUUACCUAGCAAUACUAAAAAAAAUCCUAAAGAACAGGUACAAGCUAUCACCUUGAGAAGUGGCAAACAAUUAGAAGAACCACCAAAGAAAGAAAAGAAAACGGAGGAGCAGAAAAAAGUUCCCAUCAUUGACCUAGAAGAGCAAGAAGAAGUGAAACCUUAUCUUCCACCUGUUCCCUUCCCACAAAGGUUAAAAAAGGCACGAGAUGACAAAAGCUUCCUCAAAUUUCUUGAUGUAUUCAAAAAGCUUCAAAUUAACAUUCCUUUUGCUGAAGCUCUUACUCAAAUGCCUAGUUAUGCGAAAUUUCUAAAAGAUAUCCUGAGCAAGAAACGACAAAUUGAUGAUCAAGGAACAGUAAUGUUAACUGAGGAGUUCUUUAAGAUGCUAGGUAUGGGAGUAGCUAAGCCAACAAGGAUGUCUCUACAAUUAGCGGAUCGAUCAAUCAAUAUCCAAGAGGAUUAUAGAAGACGUGCUUGUAAAGAUAGGGAAGGAUCCUUAAUCCUUGGAAGACCUUUUCUUGCAACUGCAAGAGCAUUAAUUGAUGUAUAUGAAAGCAAAUUAACUUUAAGAGUUGGACAGGAAGAAAUUAUUUUUGAUGUUCUUAAAUCUUGUAAACUUCCUAUGGACUAUAGUGAUCGCGUUCGAAUUGAUGUUGUUGAUGAAUGUGUGGAAAAACACUUUGCAUAUUAA